AUGAAGGACUUUAAAGAUGAGUACAAUAGCCUCACCGAGGAGGAGAAAGCAAAUCUUGUUGAGGAGUACAAGGAAUACAAGGCUACCAAGACUACUGGGCAACACAUUUCAACUAAGUCAAAGAUCAACGAUGUCACUAACACUCUCAAGAUUGUUGAAAAUGAGGUAUGA